AUGUGUACCGACAACGAACACUUCAAAUUUAACCCCAUAAAAGGAUUCUUGUCUGCUAACUCCACUGCAAAAAUAGACGUCUUGCGAGAGGUGACUUGUAUUUGUAUUUUGGGUGUAUACCAAUUUUUUCAGCGCGGUCCUCCGGCCUCUGGUGAUAGGUGCGAGAUCUUGUGCAAACGUGUUGAUAGAAACCUAAAGGAUCCAAGUGCAGCCUUCAUUGGAAAUCCGGUUCCUGACCGCAUUCUUCAAGUGGAACUAUUGACUCGCUAAUAAUGUGAUGAUGUGACGCUCUAAAUGUGAUGCUCUGAAUAUGCUGCUCUGAAUGUGAUUCUCUGAAUGUGAUGCUCUAAAUUCUUUGAAAACACCUUCAAACUCACCUAGCGUCUUAUCUAUUCGCUUCUUUUUCUUAAAAAAAUGUAUUUUUAAUAUAUAUC